GGUCAGUGGACUCCAAUGGUGAAGGGGUACCCCACUAUUCAUUGAUCAUUCAAAACUUUUAAAAGCAACCAACACACAGCUUUUCAGUUUGCACUUUCGAAACCGAAAGAGAAACCUCCUCAUCAUCCUAUUGUUGUCCUCUCAAAUAUCUGCUCUCUUGCAUCCUCAUUCAAGUUUCACUCCCUUCCAUGAUAUCCCUUCUCAAUUUUUUUAAGUGGUGCAACUGCAUGUGACAGGAUUUCUUAUAUCAGAUCACUAUAAGAGAUGAAAGGCAUGAAGGGAAGAUUUCUAAAGAAACUGAAAUUUAUUCCUACUAUCAGCACUUUGAAACAAGGCUUAGUCCUUCAGCUUAAUCCCCAACACCCCUUCACCAAUCAAAACUGCCAUAACCUGUCAAUUUACAAAGAGCAAGACUGCAAAAGCAUCAUUAAUCUCCCAGAAUCAGUAGUUGAGGUUAAAGAUCAGAAGGAUGAAGAAAAGGAAUUGGAAUUCGAUGUUGGCGACCAAGAUCACAUUACACCCACGAUAGAGUUCAGGGACAUCGUGACUAGAGAGGAUAAUUCUCAGCUUCCGAUCUCCUCAGAGAUCAUUGUCAAGGAUGAUAGCAUACCUGAAGUGAAGGUUGACACUGAAGAAUAUCCAAUAUCUUUAACAGAUUUUGAAGAGAAGUGUCCACCAGGUGGUGAAGAGUCAGUGAUUUUCUAUACAACAAGCUUGAGAGGAAUAAGAAAAACAUUUGAAGAUUGCAGCAGUAUCAGGUUUCUUUUAGACAGUUUCAAGAUAUUGGUCCACGAGAGAGAUGUUUCAAUGGACAUGGAAUUCAGGGAAGAAUUAUGGAGGAUAUUGGGCGGCAGAGUGAUCCCUCCAAAGCUGUUCAUCAAGGGCAGAUACAUAGGAGGAGCUGAUGAAGUUGUUGGACUUCACGAGCAAGGAAAGCUGAAGAAGCUUUUGGAAGGGAUACCUUCAGGCCUCCCCAACUGCCUGUGUACUGGUUGUGCCAAUAUGCGGUUCCAGAUAUGCUCAAACUGCAAUGGCAACCGCAAGGUUUUUGCAGAAAAAGAAGGUGAUGAAUUGUACAUGAGAUGCCCUGAUUGUAAUGAGAAUGGAUUGGUUAAAUGCCCUGUUUGCUGCUGAAUAUUUUACUUACAAUAAUUUCCUUCUUCUGUACUCUUUAUGUUGUAUAUUCUUACUCAAAUUGCAGCUGUCUCAAGUCCCAUUAGAAGGUCUUAAUUUAGUCUUUAAGGAUGAAGAAAAUGAACUGUGUGUUAAUUUCCCUUAACUGAUAUAACAAUGGGCUAAGUUAUGCUGUCAUUGUUACUUGGAGAUCUGAUUUUCCCUUUCAUUUCCUUCCUUGAUCAACUUCUGCUAUUUUUUUUCCUUAUGUUGUCUCAGAACUUUGAAAUUUUUGUAGCAGUGCUUGGAAAU